AUGCGCUUAAAUGCGCUCUUGACGUUGUUUCUAUCCUAUGUAUCCUCGGUCCACGCUAUUCUCGCCGACGAAGCCUACCAUGUUGACUACCAUCAUGCCUUGCUUGGUAUUCCGCAAGCCGAGACCACCUUCUUCCACCAACCUUCCUCAUCUUCGAACGCGUCUCUGCUAUAUACAAUCUCGGAAAAGGCCAUAAUUGGGGCUGUGAACCCGAAAGAUGGCUCAGUGGUAUGGCGGCAGUCUCUGGCAGAUUCUCUACCAGAACCACCUACAGUGGUUGAAGAUGUAGUGAAACUACCAAACGAAGAGCAACAAAGGGCUUUAAGAGGUAUCGGUCCAGCAAAAGCAGGCUUAUUAGCGGAGGAGGGCAGCGGCUUCGUGGUCUCCUACUAUGGUUCAGCAGUCUCGGCAUGGGAUGCCAUGAAUGGGAAGCUGGCAUGGCAGAGGUUUAUGCCCCAGGGCCAGCAUGUCAAAAGCGCACAGCUGAUACCCAGCGGGCGCGAUGUCUCGUCUUCCUCAGCAGUUGACGUUGUGGUGCUUUAUGGUACUGAAGGAGGUACCGUCACUAGGCUUGAUGGGUCCUCCGGGGCUGUGGUGUGGGAAUACGAAGAUAGGAGUGGUGCGUCGCCACGAUAUCUCGCAUCCACAAAGAAAUCGAUAUACUACGUAUCAGAACAAUCUGCUGUACUAGCCGCCAAUUCGAUGAAAAUUGUCUCUCUCAACACAGAGAAUGGUCGAGAAGACAAGAGUCAUGUACUGAAAACUGACGAGGUAGUUACCGUCUCGUCCUGUCCCAACGUUGCCUUUAUUUCAUGGCAUGAGAGAUCUUCCAGGAGCAUGAAGGUAAAUGUUCUGGGCUCGAAUAAGGUGAAUACUCUGAACCUAGAAAGGUCCAACGAAGAGGAGAUUGAAGCAGUAAGCGUCUUGCCGGGAUGCGGAGACAGUUCGCCGUCGCACAUCUUGGUGCACGUUCAGACCCGCAACGGAGUUUGGGCGGAAGUUUUCGAUAUCGAUUCAGACAGCGCUGAGGUACGCAAAGCCUACAGCUUACUUUACUUGAAAGGGAAAGGUGCAUUUGCUGUGAGCAUCGUCGAUGAAAAACCACAUUUCACCCGGAUCACAGACUUUGAGAUAGAGCUAUACUCGUUUGCUCCUGGCAUUAUGGUUGCGAGGUGGCCAAGGAAUCAGCCAUCAUUUGGUGGCCCAGGUCAUGCACAAGCAGAGGUGGUUUUACGAGGACAAUCCAAUUAUGCCAUCAGGAUCUCAGAAGUUGCAAAAGGCGGAGAAUGGACCCUGAUGCGAAACGGCGAGCUGGUUUGGUCAAGACCGGAAAUGCUUGCCAAUGUGGUAGCAGCGGCAUGGGUAGAGGAUGUCUCGGGGGAAGCUCUUGCCCAUGAACUGGAUUUUGAAGGCCAUGAAAAUCCACUACGUGCUUACACUCAUAGACUGAAACGGCACUUGCGGGAUUUGGAAUAUCUUCCCGCGUGGCUUCAGCAACUGCCAUCGAGUGCCACGUCUGGUUUGCUUACUUCCAAAGCCGAGACGGAAAAGGGGCUUCUUGGCCAUAAGCUGUUGGUCGUUGCAACGAGCACAGGACAACAUGUUGCACUUGACCCCGCAAAAGCUGGGGCAAUAAAGUGGAAGAGACUUGCACAGGAAGCAUCAGACGAGGCACGUGCAGUGUCUCUCUAUGUUCAUGACGGAGUUGUCACCUCUUAUGUCAACAAGUGGGGUAUCAUGACGAUCAAUGCCACCGAUGGUCGAGAUAUCAGCUUCGACCAGUCCGAUGCUCAUUUCACAGGAGUAAUCAUUGCGCCUGGCCCGGUGGCUCCUGUUGCUUAUCGCAUUUCACGAGAUGGCCAACCAAAGCCCACUGCCAUUGACGAUGUGGCAAAAGAUGGCACUUACCUUGUGACCAGGUCGGCAUCAGGGCAAGACGUGCAAGGUUGGAUGGUUGGCCGCUCGAACAUCAAACUCUGGACAUUCAGCUCUGCUGCUGGCUCUCGCAUCACCAACGUGGUUGCUCGUCCUGCGCAUGAUCCCGUUUCUUCCAUUGGGAAAGUGCUUGGAGAUCGUUCAGUCCUGUACAAAUACCUCUCCCCCAACCUCGUCCUGAUCACGAGCGCUAAAAGGGGCAGCUUCACCAUCUAUCUCCUCGACUCCAUCACCGGGACGAUCCUCUACUCCGCCACUCACGAAGACGCCGACACUUCGUCUCCCAUCCCCUCCGUGCUCUCCGAAAACUGGUUCACCUACUCCUUCUUCGGCACCUCAGACGCAAAAUCUCCUUCCAAAUGCCAUCAGCUCGUCAUAGUCGAACUCUACGAAUCCCCUAUCCCGAAUGACCGCGGGCCCCUAGGCUCCUCUUCGGCCAACUACUCCAGCUUCUAUCCAGGCUCAAUCACAAAGCCCCACACCAUCACCCAAUCCUUCGUGAUCACCCAAUCCAUCAGCCACAUGUCCGUCACCCAAACCGCACAGGGGAUCACCUCCCGACAACUCCUCUGCACUUUGCCAGACCUCAACGCCAUCAUCGCCAUCCCCCGCUACCUCCUCGAUCCCCGCCGCCCGGUCGACCGAGACCCUACGCGCGAAGAAGCAGAGGAGGGCCUCUUCCGCUACUCUCCCGUGCUGGAUCUCGAUCCGAAGUUUUUUCUAUCCCAUUCGAGGGAGGUGGUGGGGAUUCAGAAGAUCAUCUCGGCGCCAACGCUGCUGGAGAGUACGAGUUUGGUGUUUGGGUUUGGUGGGCUGGAUGUGUUCGGGACGAGAGUUACUCCGAGCAAGGCGUUUGAUGUGUUGGGUAAGGGGUUCAAUAAGUUGGCGUUGAUUGGGACGGUGGCGGCGCUCGGGCUCGGGACCGCCGUCCUGGCGCCAAUGGUUCGGAGGAAGGCGGUGGAAAGGGGUUGGAAGUUGUGA